AUGUCUUUCCAUACUGAUAUCGUAAACUGUAUCCGCAGCAAGUUUACGAAAUUCAUGGAUCAAACAGUCCUCCUAGCCACUCUCACCAGUUUUUUCAUACUAUACUAUUUCGUCGUCGGUUCACGUAGAGAGUCCUGUCCAUCGAAAUUCGUUGCAAAUGUCAACCUCAACCAGUCCGAGGCGUACAUGAUGGUACCCAAAGACACGCACGGAUGCAUUCUCGAUCCAAUCAACAACAUCUCAAGGAGUGAGGCGCGCAGUGGAAAAGGUCUGCCUUCUUACUUCGUCAUCGAGCAAGCAAACAGCAUUCCAGAGUGUGAAGCUUUACACAGCUCUGAAUGUGCCGAGACCUUCAAGACCAUUAUUCUAGUCGGAAGUGACUUCUGUCCACUCUCAAACAUCUACGAAGAAAACAAAUUUUAUAUCCACGAUGCUUUGAAGGACAUGUACAACCUUAUCAUUCUGAACAUAUUCCAGGCCCUAGUAAUGAUAGCGCUUGUAGAAUGCUUGCGACGUCGUGAAGCCUCUAGAGUAUAUCAAUUCUGCCAAGAGAUGAUCCAAGAUAAUGCGGAGCGUGGAAACGAGAUCAAGGAAGUCGACACUAAGCUUCGGAAAUGGAAUCAAUUUUUCGACAAAAAGACUGAUAAUUCUGAUGAGCAGUCCAAGAAACUUGAAUAUGAUAUUGCAUCACUACAGGCUGAACUGCGUAUGCAGAAUGUGGAAGAGAUCAGAGGUCAAGCUAGCAAGACUGCCCGAUGGAUUGAAGGCCUCAUAAAAGGUGAGAAGGAAUUUAAGCAGGUUAAGUUUCUUCAAGUAUGCUUGGACGAGCAUGAAGAUGACAUCAAAAGGCUUACAAGUGAGCUAGAAGCUCUGAAAACAAUCAAGAACAGAACUGAAUAA